AUAUAUAUAUAUAUAUAUAUAUAUAUAUACUGCUUAAACAGUCGGAGUAUCAUUUGUGUGAAGCAAGGGAACAGAAAAGGAUACAGCAAAGGGAAAGUGAUGGAGAUUCCAAAUAAUGGGGAAGAAUUUGACUUAGACGAAAGCAACGACGCCAGUGAAUUGGAUGAAUCCCUCAGCAUCGACUACAUGAAGGAAAACUUCAUGGGAGUGGAAGAAGUUAAAGAUGUUACAAAUACUCUCCGAAGGGAAUUCGACGACAGACUGGAAGAGAUGGAAGAUCGUUGGAACAAGAAACUGGAAGCAAUGGAACAAAGACUCCUGCAGGCCCUGACAGACGACAUCAAGAAGGAGAGGGUUUUCAAUGCGGAGAACAUUUCCAGCCUUACUGAAACAGUUAAGGCUGAAUUGCGUCAAUCUACAAAUGACAUCAGAGACACGGUAAAUCAGGAAUUAGAAAAUGGAGUGUUCAUCAUCAAGAAGGUAGACAUGUCUCGGGAUAAUGAUCCAAGGGAAACGUCAUUUAUUUAUUCCGAGGCAGCGGGGCCGUCUACAGAGAGGCAGGAAAUCAAUGUUCCACAAAAAACGCAACCAAAGAGAUCACCGAAGGUCUGCUGGAAGGAUUUUCCCCAGCAAGAGGAUUUCAUAAUAAGUGAACAUAAGAAAUUCCAGUGGAAAAAGAACGGUGCAGUAAAGAAGAUAAUAUUCGGAGCAGGCUUGAAAAGGAAGUUAUGGGAAGAUGACGAAGUGUGGAGGAAAAGGGUGUGUUAUAAGAUUGACUCGCUGUACAAAUCCAACAUCUUACUUUGUGAUCGGAGGUCUACCUGAAUACCCAGGGUUUCAAUAACCAGAUAAUGAAUUUUUAUGUUUCCUAUACACAAAAUGUGUCCUUUGCUUUAAUUUGUGUUUUUUAAAGAGUGAAACUCUAUGCAUAAGUUUCUUUGGAAAGUGAAAUUGUUUUCAUAUACAUUGGCCAUUUAUGAACAAUAAAUUGUAAUUCAAUUUU